GACCCAACCACGAGUGGUGUAAAUCUGUUUUAUUGUUUGUAAACUCACAGAUCAUGUUAGGAUUUUAAUCGUUAACUGGUUCUAACACAAGUUUAAACGUCAGAGAUUUGUUCAGAUAAAGUAUUUGCUAAGAGAUUUCAUGAAAUUCACUUAGUCAGGACUGACCGUUUGUUUACCAAGUUAUAAAUAAGAUUUCUGGAUGCUUAUACUUAAGUGUUACAUUAUAACAAUUCUUAAUUUUUCACACACGAUUGUUAAUAGUUCAUUUACGACAGUUAAAAUUAACUUACCGUUAUUCCACUGUAGGCACGGGGAUUUAAAAAAUUCUCCCCUUAGGUUGUUAUUAUCAUCAUAUCAUCAUCACAUCACCGAGAUAUUUUUCUCGUAACGUUGAAAAUUACAUCACCCAGAAGCUUUUCUCGCAAGACCUGAUGCAUUUUGUGUUUAUUUAUCAUGUGUUUGUUUGGGAUGAGCUGGUAACAGUCACGAUAUAACCUCUCAAAGCAAAUUAUUUUCAGUAAUCAAUCACUUGGAGAGUGUCGCAUAAUUUAACACAAUGUAAAUUCUUUGUUUCAUGCGUUUGUAAAGUGUGGCAUAAUUUAACAUCAGGUAAAUUCUUUCUUUUGGCAGCGGCCAUGUUGAAUGAGUACUUUCAAACCGAGCACAUGUUUAAACUGUAAAAUUUCGCUGAACAAACGCCACAGGAUGAAUCGCGUUUCUAAAUCGCAUAUUUUUGACGUAUUGUUUUAGAACGACGUAUUUGUCGGACGGCAUUUUGGACCUCCAGACUGUUUUGUUAUGUUUUUUAUUUAUGUGUUUGUUUGGGGGAAUGUAAAACGAUGGCGCACGAUGCAGCUGAAUAACUUCACUUUUAAAAUUUUACUAAUAACUCGAAUGGAUGUUAAAGAUGUUAAACUUUUUUAGUUUUGCAAUUUUUCACCUUUUUUUUUUGUUUUAUAAAUUUUUGAUAGUUGUUUCAUGUAAAUAUUUUGUUGAUUAAUGCUUCCAUAAUAAAAUUGUCUGAUGUCCAAUCUUAAUCGCAGAUAAUUCUUUGCUGUUUAAAAUUUCACGAGAGUGUAUGGCGAAUUUAAAUGUGUAUUGCCUUUUGAAACUUUAACACUUGUUCGAUUGUAGUUUAAGAUCAGAAUAACAAAAAUUUAACAUCUAAAUGGAAUUGAGGUAAAAAACACAGAAACACGUGGCAGAAGCGGAGUGCGCGGUUUCUUGUCGAGCUGGUGGUCGCGCCAUCUGCACAAGGGAUGCAGGCCUAGGAUAGAAAUCAGGGGCGGUCGGAAUGACGUGACGGUUUGUUCGCCUAGGCACGUUUCUUCGUGAUAGAGGGGUGCUGGGUGGCAGUGCUUGCGAUACAAUAGAAUCACCGUCGGGGGUAGGAGAACAGGCACGACCAGGAGCCCCUAACUCCGUUUGAGCUACAACGAACGCCCCCUAAGGGUAAUUCUGCUGUGCUCUAGGAAGGAAAUUGAAAUAGUCCGACCACCACACUCUUGUAGCGUUCUGAUGCCGCUGUCGAUGUGCUGCAUACAAGUUUUCAUUAAAAUUUUGUUCUCUUGUGACUAUUUUAAAUUUGCCGCCACACGCCCGUAAUAAAUAAUAAAUGCAUCCAGUUACUUUACUGCAGAUUUUUUCUGUGAUUUUAUUAAAUAUGUGAAAUUCAAAUAUUUGCAUUGUUAGGCAAGUUUUUUUUUGUAGCUGAGCAUUAAGCGGUGUCUUCAACCGGCACAACUUAGUCGCAGCUUUUUUUUUUGUCAUUGGAGGAUUAAAUAAUUCUGUGGCCUCCAUAUAUUUUGUGUUAUAUUUAGCGGUACUUCUCCAAUCUUGGAGUCCAGCACUUACAUAUGAACGCAUUUCGCCACAAAAAAAAACACACACACACACACACACACAACGUAGGUUCCAUUUUGUUAGACGAUCACAGUCAAGGCCAAAUUUUUUUAAUGUUUAAAUUUUUCGAGGGCUUUCAAAAUUUUUUUUACAUGUCAAUUGAAAUGGGGAUGUUUGGGUUAUCGCAAUGGACAUUAUCAAGAACCGAUAUUUUUAUAUUUGCCAAAAUGUGAAAAGAAAAUAUGAAAAUAUUGAAAACCCACAUUCGUAAAAAGUGAGUGUGAAACGUCUUAAGAUAACUGGAACGAGACAGUAAACAUGUUUAAAGCAAAAUGCAACGAAUAAGGACGUAAUGUACAGCACACAUUUUAUCGCACAAAAAUUAUUUCGAUAUUUUUAACGCAAUCGUCUGACCUUCGUGGCAAAAGCUCGUAAAGAUUUGCGAUCGCCCAUUUUCGAUUUUUGUUACGUUUAUACAGCGCAUAUAAAAGCCACAAUUACCAUUCGAACGGUGUACUUCUGCAGUGCCACUCCUACUGCUACAAUGGAAUUCUCACGAGUACUUCUCUUAACAGUUUUCUAUUCUUUCACUUGCGCUGGAGCCAGCAACAAUGACUGGAACGAUUGGACCCAAAACUUAAACUGGGAAAAACAACAACAUGUUAGUUUGUACAAUCAGAGGAAGACCGUAUCUCAACGAGUCCAGCAGUAUUCAGCAGGCAUUAGUCCAUAUGUGAGCAACUCCGCUAACUAUUACAAUCCACCCCAUACCUUCGACCCACAUCCUACCUUCGACCCACGCCCUACCUACGACCCACGCCCUACCUACGACCCACGCCCUACCUUCGACCCACACCCUACUUUCGACUCACGCCCUACCUUCGACCCACGCCCUACCUUCGAGCCACACCCUAGCUUCUACUCACACCGUACCUUCUACCCACGCCGUACCUUCAACCCACGCCAUACCUUCUACGAAACCGAAUUCAACAAAAACACACCGGAAGUCCACCCUCAGUUUAGUAACAGAGUUGGUGGUCUCCACAAUUUAGACAAUUUGGACAAUUUUGGAGGUACCAUUGGUCAGCAGGUGUAUGCCAGUUUGAGACCAGUGCGUGAAAUGGAAGCUAAACUCAAGAUAAAAUUCGGAAAAAAUGGUACCACAAUCACCACGUUUAAAGAUAAACAAUUUAUUGUCAGCGAUGGGUUCUUUUACGAUUGCGACGGUACCAUUUCCGAAGAGGACGGUUUCUGCUCUGGUAGUUUAUGCAAAUCGUCUUUCGAAACCCCGAGAGACUUCUGUUACGCAAAUAUCAACACAAUUAUUAACGAUUGGUACUGCAUUUCGCCCGGUGCCGGUGCCAGAUCCGGAAUUAUUAAUGGAAAGGGCUACUGCAAUGCUUCCGAGGACAACCCCGCUCUGUUUAUUUCGGCGGAAGAUUACAGAAAUUUGUGUGAUGACGUUAGGUAUCCUGUAACUUACAAAUACUUCGGUACUGAUCCUAUAGGAGACCACAGUUCUGACGUAAUCUGCUCCAGUGGUAUUCCUUACACGUGUACUUACACGACAGACAGAAAUUCCGAUCUUGGUGUUUCCGGGCCCUUUAACUUCGUGCUCAAUUAAACACACUUUGUUUUAAAAAAGUUUAAUGUACCGAUACACUGCAGCAAUAAUAAUAAAUCACAAGAAAAACAA